CCGGCACAGCUGGCUUGGUCAAAGCAUGCUUGUGGAAGCUUGGGGAGGUGACUAUUGGAACGUGGGUUUUAUUUUAUUUAUUGAAUUUUGAAGUUCUGAAGUUUGGCCCAAUCAAACUUGUUUGAUUUCAUUUGAGGAUCUCUUACAUAGUCUUGAUGAACCUUUUCUGCAACAUCCCAGGAAACGAAACGAGUAUAGUAUUUAGCUGUGGAAUGCAGUAUCAUAUAUACGCCCUCCAAAGAUAUCCAAAAACUCGCCGCUUCCUUUUGAGCCGCUUGGCUCAACGGAAACGCCUCGUUUGCCAAACGCGUUUGUCGAUGCAUUUGUCGUCGGUGCUGGGCUUCAGCUGCUUGCUGUUCUGCGUGAGCGCUUUGCGGCCGGCCGACAGCCUGGAAGGAGCACUGGAGGAUGAUUCGCAGAUGAAGAGACAAGGAACUGAUGCAAAAGCGCGGGAGACCUGUGCCCAAGCGCUGGCAAAGGCUGCAGCUCCAGGUGGUGCCGAGCACAACCCAGAAAGAUGUGUUCAGGAGUGCAAGACGGAGCAGCCGCACUGCCACCAGCGAUGCGCAGUCAGGACCAAGAUGCAGAUGGUCUUGCAGAUGAUCAAGGCCCUGACGAAGCAAUUCAAGCCUGAGGAGCAAGAGACGUGCUCGGUGUCCUUGGAAGUGCCCAUCAGUGGCCAAGACCGAGAGAAGGAGAAUGUGGAGACCAGCUGUCCGAAGAUUUGUACCGAAAUGACAAUCCUGGAAAGCUUCGAACACAGUUUCGAGAAGACCAUGUGUGCCGACCUCACACAGGACCAGAAGCACCUUUGCUCGGUGAUUAUCGAGCCCAUUUGAAGAGCAUUGAAAAGCCCACUGACAGACAGCCGCUUUUUUCGGAUCUGGACCCACAGAAGGCAUUGCAGAAGCUAUUUCUGCGAGGCAUUGCAGAAGCCAUUGAAAGAGGACUCGCUGCUAGAGCAUGAACAUGCUUAGCAUUCUCCAUCCCCAGCGAUCCCGCGAGCAUCCGCGAGCAACAAAACGAUUUUGAUCCACCACUUGAGCCGUUUGAUCUCAGACUCAGCUGUUUUGGGCGAUGCCCGCUGCGUUGCUUCUCAAUCUCACUCACUGGGCCCGCUGCAUGGGGGUGGAAUGCUUAAUGCUUAUGAUUCCGCUUUUGCAUCGGGCCAGCGUCUGCCCGAGUUGAAAAGCGUUUGCCCGGGUGGAGGGCGACAGACCACAGGAUCCAAAC